ACUCAAACUCAGACUCAGUCUCAGUCUCAGACUCAGGCUAUGCUGAGACUAUUUUGAUUUUGGUAUUCACUAACGAUUUUAGACUCAGACUCAGCUGAGAAUACUUUAUGUCGAUGAUGCAAGCGGUAUUUUUCCAUGAUUACGUCAGCAGGUGCUCGCACGCGCCGUUACAUCACUGACAGACGGAUAAUGGACUCGACAGGGUUUCUUAACAAAAAAAGUCCCCCAUGGACAGAGGCAGCUGCCUCGUACGUGAAAAUUGGGAUCUUCUCUUCGGAGAGAUGAGAGGGUGUGGGGUUGAAAAAAUUUCAACUAAACGCCGGGCAAAGUGGCAAGAGAUUGCCACUGUUGUAAGCCAUGAAUUUACAGCUCCACGUUCUUCGGAACAAUGCCGGAAGAAAUUUCAAAAUGUAAAAGGACGUUCCAUCAACAAAGUCAGUGGGCUGCGGCAUCCACCAACAGGAGGGGGCCCAUCGGCUGUAUUGUCCGUGGCAGAGUCGUGUGUGGCAGACCAUCUUGCCACACACGAAGUUGUCACGGGCAUUGGCGGAGGAUUUGAUUCAGAUGACCUUGAACAAAUUUUUCGGGCCUCGAAACCGGCCUCAAUGAUCUUGGCAGAUGAGCCAACGUCUGAGGCCACUAUCCCAGAAACAUCAGGAGGUCCAUUGAAGUCGUGCAGACAAAAGACCGGGAAAGCAAAAAGAAAAAUUGUCACCACAGAGCAGUCCACAAUAAAUGAAUUAACUGCAGAAAACCUAUCGCUUGACAAUGUCAGGAUUAGGGAGGAGACCAAAAAAAAUCAAGCUCCAGAUGGACCUAUUAUUAGAACAAAAAAAUGCACUUAUUUCAGUGAAGGAAAUGGCUGAUGCUGCCAAAAGUUAUUAUUUACAAAGGUCUUCCAUUGAGUUUCAUUCAGGAAAUCCUUUUGUAGAUUCCUUUACUUUUAAUAAAUAAUUCUGCUCAACCAAUUCAUUGGAUAUUUGAAAGUAACAAGCACACUGUUAGAUUGUCUUUGAAACAUUUUAGGCUUGUCCCUGUAUUUUUCAUUGUAUAUUUGAAGGUGAUGUACUUGUUUAAGCUAACUUCUUCAAACUUACUUUUGAGAUCCUACAUCAAUCUUCAAAUAUUUUAAGCUUUGUACAGUCUUGAAUUGCAUGUAUGAUUGGCUUAGGUGACUUUAUUUUUGAUCAAGUCAAAUUGUACUUGUUGUAUUAAGUAAUGCCCUGAAAUUCAUGUGCUAUUAAAGUUUUUAAACCAUAUAUGUUAUGCCACUAAGUUUGAAGAUGACAUUUCAUAUAUAUGUUACACAUCAUUGUUCAUCCAUGUCCAAUGAAAUAUUCUUUGUAAAGUUUGCUGAAGUAAUUAUUUAUUAAGGACAUAAGGUAUGUAGUUUGCUAUAUAGUUUAUACAUAUCAAAUUUAUAAAAUGUAUGGUGCCAUAAAGUCAUCAGACAAUUAAGUUAAGGGUAUUGCUUGUUACUUUUCAAAUAUCCAAUUGCUACACAGUUCUCAUUCAUUUAUAAUUCACAAGGUUCAUCUGGAGUUUG